UUAGCCUGGUUUUGGUUGUAAGCAGACAACGCCUCUGCUGCUACCGAUAGUCUUUGCUUCGUAACAAGAGUGUUGAAUCUUGUAGUUGUAGCGCUUUAAGAACAUUUGAGUAGAAGUGCGGGCGUGUAUUGAUUGCAUUGUGAGAAGUUUUAGAAGUAUUUUCGUAGGAUAAGUUUGUUGCGUUGAAACUGAAUUAGCUUACUGCCGGAACGUCUUUUGGGCUAAAAAGUAAACAAUGUCCAAGAAACCGAGUCAGCAACCAGCUCUCCAUAAAGUUAUUAUGGUAGGGAGUGGAGGUGUCGGCAAAUCAGCCUUGACACUACAGUUUAUGUAUGACGAGUUCGUUGAGGAUUAUGAGCCGACAAAGGCAGAUUCAUAUCGAAAGAAAGUUGUUUUAGACGGUGAAGAAGUCCAGAUUGAUAUCUUAGAUACUGCUGGCCAAGAAGACUAUGCUGCGAUAAGAGAUAACUAUUUCCGUAGUGGAGAAGGAUUUCUUUGUGUGUUCUCCAUCACAGAAGACGAUAGUUUCCAGGCUACACAAGAAUUUAGGGAACAAAUACUUCGUGUGAAAAACGAUGAAAAUAUCCCUUUUCUUCUUGUUGGCAAUAAAAGUGAUUUAGAUGAGAAGAGGAAAGUCUCAUUAGCAGAUGCAACGGCUAGAGCACAGCAGUGGGGUGUCCCAUAUGUGGAGACUUCAGCAAAAACACGUGAAAAUGUCGACAAAGUAUUCUAUGACUUGAUGAGAGAGAUUGCAAAGCAGAAAGCAGCUGACAGUAAUACUGAAAGGAAGGAAGAAAAUGGUGCAAAGUCAUGUUGUGUGAUUUUGUAAAUGUAAGACAUAUUGCUGUAAAUAUAGGCUUUGGAGUGCUGUUACGUGGAGGAUACUCAUACAGUGGUUAAUGUGAACUUGCUUUUCCAUUCAGUAUUCUCUUUAUGAAAGACAAAAUCAUAAUGUCUUAAUUAUCUACUUUAACACAGCUGCUAAUUUGGUGUGUGUGUGUGUGUGUGUGUGUGUGUGUGUGUGUGUGUGUGUGUGUUUACAUAAAAUUGCCACCUUGCUGCUUUUACAAAGCAGUAAAUCGAAUGCACAUGGCAAGAGAAUUUGACAAGUGUCAGUAACUAGUAUUUUUAAAAUUGAAUCAAAUUGUUAUAGAAGUAAGAAUAUAUUAGAAUACACACACAUAUAUAUAUAUAUAAAGAAGUAAAACUAGGAAAUAUGUAAUAUUUCCCUUUUAUAUAAUAUAUUUAUGUAUAAAUACUUUAUAGAGCAGUUUGUGUUUAAAAUCCAGUAGUCACAUCAGUGACAAAUGUCAAAGAAGUGCAUUUGAAAUCAGAGACUGCAUUUCACAUUAGAGUUCUUUUUGUACAUAACAUUUGCAUACAUAUAGUUAUGUAUAUUUUGUGUGAAUUACAGUUAAAUGAUAUUAAAAUGUGGUCAUAUAUUGUUAGGUUCAUUUUGUGGGAUGACUGUUUUGCAUGAAAAUUAUUGCUGUGAUAUUCUCACAAGUAACAAUUUUGAAAGUGGUAUCACUGGUUUGCCAGUGUUACUAAGUCUUUCAGGUUGGCAUGUUACUUUCUUUUCCCCCCUCUCCACAGAUGCUUGUAAAUGUGGAUAUGGUCCAAUAGUUUCUGUGAUUUCUGUUGAAGUGCUGUCACAUAUUCAAUGAAGAUACUUCCUCUUUAGUGAUAUUUCAAAGUCAUCGAAGAAAGUUGUCAGGUUUUGUAUGUUGUCAGCGACUAAAAUUAAUGCUGGAAGCUGUUGUUCCUUGAAUUUGAAAUAUUAUGGCCUGUGACUCAGAUUAUCGUGUGAUGGUGUGUUCCAUGUAUUUUUGCUAUCUCAUCAUGAAAAGUUAUGGUGUGUGCUGAGCAAAGUGUAGCUGAUAGAAAUGUCACUUUUAUCUAAAAGUUGUUUUGUUUUAUUGUACAGAUUAUCUGAAUGCAGUUUUUUGUCCAUUGAAUUUGAUAUGAUGUGAAACCAAGAAGUUUUUUCAAAUGGCAGAUAGUAGUUGAGGUGUAAUAAACUUGGAAAAUGUCUUUGUUUGUACUAUAGAUCUAGGUUUUGUACACUGAUUUUUGAAACAUGAAGGCCAUCUGAUGAUACUUCAAAAGCCAAUAAAGUCUUCAACAGACAAACCAAAAUGAAAUGCUCAAACUAGUUUAAAAAUCAUAAAUCUCUGUAUCUAUUGGAAUCCAACCGCUGCAGUCUUUGCCAACACCAUGCUUUUUUCUAGACUGUGAAGUUUGGUCUUUAUCUUUUUAACCAGGUAAAAAUACUUCAUUAGCAUAAUUCACAUACUGUAAGUGUGAAACUUAAGUUUUGCAAAAGAAAACAUUAAAAUACUUGUAUAAGAAUGGGGAAAUUGAAGUAAAUAACACCAUUUGGCUCUGAUUCAGAGAAAAUUUCAUUGCAGUUACUGCAAUUUCAGGGAGUUCUUAUAGGAAGUCCCUCACUGACUGACUUAAUUUUUUAAGUGAAUUUUGCAAACGUCACAAAAAAAUGUUAUUGGCUAAGAUGCUAUGGUACCUUGAAAUUGUUUUAGUCCCUAUUUUUCGUUUGUGAAAACAGUUACCUUUGCAUAUUCUUUAAUCACAUCAGAAACAAAAGAAACUUGGUUUAAAAUUUCAGCACCUAUCAUUCACACAUACUGAAAUAUUUAGGUCAGUACAUCAUUACUGUUUUUGUACAAGAAAAACAUAUAUUUCUUUUUUAUUUGUGGAGUUGUGCAGUGUUCAGUUAAAUGUAUUUUCCAUUGUUUUAAUGGAUUCAUAUUUAGUAAUUUCAAAUUAAAGCUGUGUAUCAAAUUUGUGUCAAUCUCCAUGGUAUUCUUAAGCCAUUAUUAUUGUUUGUUAUUGUUAUGUUUAUUAUUAUUAUUAUCAUUAUCAUUUUAUUACUAUCCCAGUCUUCCAUAGUGUUCACUUUACUGUGUUUGAAACUUUAUAAGAAUAAAUGAAUAAGUGCCUAUUUUGAGUAAUUGAUGUGCAAAGGUCAUGGGACAAAUUUGUUUUAAGGUUCCAGACUGGUUUGUGAUAAUUGGGCUGUCACAAUGAACGAUUUAACGUAAGUGUAUGUUGUAGUCAAAAUUCUGCAACAGUUUUCAGAACUGUUUGUCAUCUGCACAAUGUUCACUUCAAAUUGAGGAAAGUAACCACUCAGUGAAAUGAAGACUGUAAAAUUAUCUUGUUUAAGUUUUUAUGAAACCAACAUUGAUUUUAAUUUGGCACAUUUCAUGUUAGACGCUUACAUUUUGAUCAGACUUUGGAAAAUUGUCCUUUUUGAAUCAUAUUUGUGUAAAUAUGGGCCAGAACACGAACAAAUAAAUUCAGCAUUCCACUUUCGGUGUAAA